UGCUAUGGAGACGUGUCCAGAGUUAGCUAAACUGGUGUUCCUCAACUGCCUUUAUCAUUUGAACAGGGGUGUACGCCCACGUCAAAUUAGUAUUUUCACACCGCUGACGUUGUGUCAUGUAAAAUGUUCAGGAAUAAUUAUCAGGGUGGAGCUGUGGUUGAGAUCUUCAGUGGACAAGGAAAAGACCCUGCGGCUAAAUGGAAACUCUGCGGAGGGCCGUCAGCCAUAUAUAAAGAGUAUAAUAAAGAAGUCAAAGGAUGUGUUUACUGUCUGAAUGGAAGCAGCCAGACAGUCAAGAUGCAAAUGCCAGAGAAUGGCAAAAUGUCUCUUGGACUUCUCCAAAGAUUUUUGGUGCUUCAAGUCAAUGUUCCUCACGGUCAUGACUUUUCUGCUGAGCUUGUGAUAACUGAUUCAGAGGGCCUAAAAAGAAGACUCCACUUAUCAACAGUGCAUAAAGAGGUGUCUGCCGCACUUUUGCAUGCAAAGAUACCUUUUGUUGGACUGAAACGCAAUGUUUGGUCAACUUUAUGCAUCGACCUUACAUCACUGAGCGGUGAACUGUUCAAGGGAUUUUUGACACUGGAUGGCAUCACGUUGUUCGCUACCUGCAAAGUCCGGAGAAUCUUCACUGUAAGAACGGAGCAUGCGGGAAUGUCAGAUGAUGACAUGUUUCACAGUGGAGCUGGUUUCAUGGACUUAAUCCCGCGCAGUUGCCAGUUCCCACCAGAUGUGAACCAAGUCAUUCAGGUGUUCAACAGGGAAAAUGUGCGAAAGACAGAUUUGAGGACUGGUCUUUCUAACUCUGACUGUGUUCCUACCACUGCCAGAUCAACCAGUUAUCGUAGAACCAGGCCCCAGGGCAUUUUACACACAGCCUCAGGCUCCAGAGCCUCUGGACCACCUCUCCUAACUGGAAGAAAAAGCAAGGGAUCGAGUAGAAUGAACCAAAAGGUUACUACAGAAAGUCAGAGCAUUACCAACCAGAGUGAGAAUUUAUCACAUGGAGAACCUUCCCACAUUCUCAAUGAGGCUUUUCUAAUGUUGAAAGUACAUUAUGUAGGAGCAUCUGGCAGUUUACAGCCACAUCCUCCUAAAAAAAGAGUGGCUGACAAGAAGGGAUCUAAGAGGCUGCGAGUCAUCAGUGCUGGAGGAGAAAAGCAAACAUCAUCAGAUGAGUGCCGCACUCCUGCAAAGGAAAGUUCAGCGCUCAUGGUCACAGAGUCUCAACUGUGCUCUGUGCAGCAAGGUUUGCCUUCUGACCUGAAGGUCUGGAACAGCUGGGAGAGUAAUGAAGGAUCUGAGCCUCAGCUCACUCUGCAAGAGGAGGUGUUCACUUUCUCAUCCCAGCCUCACUCACCCAAACGAGGACAAGGCCAGGGUGACCAGGAGAAGAUGGAGAUGGGAGAUCGUCAGGUUCAGAGCAAGAUUGGGAGGCGGUAUGAUGUCCAGCCCGAGGAUGACUUUAUUGGCAGUGAAAGUGAUGAGGAUAACAACUUCACCAUGUUCCAACAUCAAAAAACAAGUGGGUCCAAUCUUACAUCUCCCAGAACGCUUGAUCCAACUUUGAGCACACAACUUGAAGGUCACCCUGGAUCUCCUAAUGUGAACCUAACACCUCCACUUAACACCGGUAUGCAGCCUCAUUCCAGUGGGAAAGCUGAACCUGGGCUGUUUCCCACACGGUGCUUCUCACCUAAUGGACUGGAACAGAAGUGUGGUCCAAGAGUUUCAGAGAAAGUAAACCGGGUUCUUGAUGUGAGCAGCAGCAUAUCAGUUUGUAGACGACUCCUGCAAGAAGUCAAAUUGGAUGAUUCAAAACAGCACAAGGAAGAAGAAGAAGAUGAGACACUAAAGCCUGUUGAUUCCAGUCAUUGCGACUUGGACCUGCUCGGCAGUCCACAGACACAAGAUGAUGAGGAGCUCCGAAUGCUUGCUAGCCUAAAAAGAGAGCAAGAGGAAGAUGAAUGCAAAGCCUCGGGCCUCAGUGCAUCUCAGAUCCACCGGUGUAAUGUCAGCAUCAGCAUGAGCAGUGACGAUACUUCUACAUGGACCCACAUCUCUCUGCCGUCUAAUCAGGGACACCACUAUCAGACGGAAAUGAACCCCUUCCUGCAAUCAAACCCCAGGGAAUGGAUGGACGUGCUCAGCCCUCCUAUUAUGCCUCCCAGCCAGCAGAGAAGGUCAGGCAACACAUGGAACAAUGGGGGAAGUCUAGUCAGAGGAGGAGAUGAGUCAGUGAAUGAAGAGGAGAACGAGGAUGAGUAUUUGAAUCUGCUCUAUGAUCCUUGCCUGAACUGCUAUUUUGAUCCAAAGACAGGAAAGUACUAUGAACUGGCAUGACUUGAAGUCAAUUAGAGCCAAAAAUAAUAAAUCAAAUUGAAAGUGGAUGAAUGGCUUCAGGAUUUAUCAGCUGAGCUUAUUGAUUGGCAUUGAAUUCCCAAUUCAGAAAAAAAAUCACUUUCUGUCUAUCCGUUCGUUUGUGGAAGCUAACAGGAGCUUUGUGUCACCAUAUGUAGUGUCAUGUAAGUCUGUAAGAGCCUGGGAAUGUAAUACUGCUUUUUGAAGGUUCUUGCUUAUUCAUUCGCACAUGUGAUGCUAAAAAGAGUCUGUUCACGAAGCUUGGCUGGCAAACUCUUAUCAGGCUUUCUGAAAGAACAUACUGAAUCUGUGAUAUUUCAGUUUUACAUGUUACAAUACAGAUAAUUUAUGGUGUCAAAAAAUCAUAAAACCAUGUUGUGCGUAUGUGUAAUGUGAAUUAAAUUAAAUUUGAAAUAGCA